AAACCUAACCAAAACCAAGAAUAUUUUGGUUUUGUGUUAUGACUUCUGCUCGACAGUCCCAGAAGAAGUCUCUUUCUCUCUGGUUUUGGUGGGUGUACGGUCCAAAUAAUCAGUCCAACUCACUUCCUUCCCUUUUUCGCCUCUCUCUUCCCACUUCUCCCCCAACCAGACUCUUCGAAACUCCAUCAUCGCUGCAGAUUCAUUCAGCUCAACUUCUCUUUCUCUGCAACGCCUCCAACUUCAUCCCAACCCAAAACCUCAACUCUCUUUCCGGCAAAAAAAUUUCAACUUUCCUAGCGCCAUUCUUUCCAUUAAUAUGCUCCCGCUACUUUUUUCGCCUUAUAUUAUUAUAUUUAGAAGGUCUCUUCCGUCCUAAGUAUCCUGAAAUCUUCUACUCUAAGCAUUUCCUCUUGUUCGUCUUCUUCGGACUUUGGAAGUGGGAGAUUGAUUGGAUCUUCGGACUUUUAGCAAAGGUAACGCGUUUCUUGGUGGGUUGGGUUCUCCUUCCUAUUUAUUGCUUCUGAAACGGUUUCCAUUGAUCCAUCACCAUUGAAUCAUUUGAACCCUUUGUUGUGGACUGGGGCAUGAAAUUAUGCCACUAAAGGUGGGAUCUUUGUGAAGACUGCGAGUUUGGAUUCAGCUGGACAUUCUUUCUGGGUUUGAUUCAAAGUUCUCAGCUUUGGAUUCUGUUUCAUCUAUCUAAUAAAGGGGCGCCUCCGUCUUUGUAAGUCAGCCUUUGUGCGCCUCUAUAGUCCUCUGCUGUUGUUAGCAGUUUUGACCACCUGAUUUAGGGGUUACAAGGGGAUUGAUGUCCAUGAAAAACCCAUUAAAGGGGAUGCGAAAACAUGCCAGUUCUCACUCAGGAAGGGUGUUUAGUGAUAGGAAAUGGAUUAUCCCUUUCUUCGCGAGCUUGCUCGUCUCUCUAACUCUCUUCUUAUGGGCUAUUUUUGGGCUUUUCUCGUCCCCUAAUGGCGGAGAUGAGUUUCCAUUUGAGGUCAUUUCGGUUUCGAGAUCAGAGGGUUCAAGUGACUACUUUGUAGAAUCAGAACUGAAGUUGAGAAUGAAUGCAAGUAUGGGUUCAAAGUUGGAUGCCCCUAGGUUGGCUUAUCUCAUUUCUGGGACAAAAGGCGAUAGUCAUAGAAUGAUGAGGACUUUGCAAGCUGUGUAUCAUCCACGGAACCAGUACAUCUUGCAUUUGGACCUUGAGGCCCCGCCUCGUGAAAGGCUGGAAUUGGGUGCAUCUGUGAAGAGUGAUCCGACAUUUGCUGAAGUUGGGAAUGUGCGUGUGAUGGUGCAAUCCAAUUUGGUGACCUAUAGAGGGGCUACUAUGGUUGCUUCCACAUUGCAAGCUAUAGCCAUUAUGUUGAAGGAAAGCUUGGAAUGGGAUUGGUUCAUCAAUCUUAGUGCUUCUGAUUACCCACUUGUGACACAAGAUGAUUUGCUAUACGUGUUCUCCAACCUUUCACGGAAUCUCAAUUUCAUUGAGCACAUGCAGCUGACUGGCUGGAAGCUGAACCAAAGGGGGAAAUCGAUAAUUGUUGACCCAGGAUUGUACUUGUCAAAGAAAUCUAACAUCGCUAUGACUACUCAACGGCGGUCCCUUCCUACAUCCUUCAAGUUGUUUUCAGGUUCAGCGUGGGUAAUUCUCACGAGAUCCUUCGUCGAAUACUGCAUAAUGGGUUGGGAGAAUCUCCCACGAACCAUGCUCAUGUACUAUACCAACUUCAUCUCCUCUCCAGAAGGCUACUUCCACACCAUCAUAUGCAACAAUGAGGAAUUCCGAACCACAGCCAUAGGCCAUGACCUUCACUACAUUGCCUGGGAUACCCCACCAAAGCAGCACCCUAUAUCCUUGACAAUGAAAGACUUUGACAAGAUGGUUAACAGCAGUGCUCCAUUUGCCCGGAAAUUUGCAAAGGAUGAUCCGGUUCUGGACAAGAUUGACCAGGAGCUCUUGGGACGGACCCAUCGAUUCGCUCCAGGGGCCUGGUGUGUUGGUGAGACAGAUAAUGGGUCUGACCCGUGCUCUGUGCGUGGGGAUCAUUUGGUCUUUAGUCCUGGCCCUGGAGCGAAAAGAUUGCAGGAACUGCUUCGGACAUUGCUGUCAGAGGAGUUUCGGAAGCAACAGUGUCUGUAACAGGGUUAAAGCAUUUUUAGCUCAAACUCCACAAAAUGUACAUGGAUGUACUGAUAUAGGUUAUACGGUGUCUGAUGUAGAGGCAGAGUGUUCAAUUUUUCCCCUGAUAGAUCUCUGUCACGGCAACUCUACAUCUGGGAAAAGAGGAAGAAAGGAAAAAUGUUGUCAUAGUGGUCUGGUUUCCCACUUUCUAGUUACAAUAGAUAGUGAGAAAUUCAUG